AAGUAUUUGGUUUCAUUAGAAUUUGCUUUGUGGAUCUCCUUUGGUUUUUUCUUAUACUUAGGUCACUUGAGUCAUUGGUUUGUUGAAGUAGAAAUAUUUGCUUUCACCACUUAAAUAUUUGCUUGCUUCACUUAAAUUUCCUUGUGGGUUCAUACUGUGUUCAAUAGAGAAAUAGCUCUGUGCAUUUUCUUAAGGUCAUUUUUUGUUUGGUUGGAUCAUGGGGCUUGCUAUAUUAAAGUAACGUUAGAGAAAUGGCUUUGUGCAUUUCCGCAUAGCCUAUUCUUUUUCCCCUCUAUCACCGGACUCGUAUUAAUUGAGUAAUGUUGCUUGGUUUCUCAUUUCCUUAUAGCUCUGUGGUUUUGUAUAUGUAGUUUCCUCCUUCCUCAUGGCUAUUUGGUGUUCUAUUUGCUAUGUAUAAAGAUUGUUUCUCCUUCCUCAGCGAUGACAAUGUUUUCUCACUCGGGUAAUUUUCAUCAGAGGGUUCCUGCCGCUGAAAGAUCUCCUGCUUCCUCCUGUUCUCUCUAUUCAUGCUCUUCCCUUUUCAGCACCAACUCCUGUAGACUGUAUAAAAUGUUGCUGAUUUGUAGGAGUUUUGAUUUAUUGUUUAUUUAUGGCUUGCGUGGGCUGAUCAACCUGGGCAACACCUGCUUCAUGAGUUGCAUCAUCCAGGCGCUCACCCACACGCCGCUCCUGAGGGAUUACUUCCUCUCGGACAAGCACGUGUGUCAGUUCAACAAUGACUCCACGCGCUGCCUCGUCUGUGAGAUUUCAAGGCUCUUUCAGGAGUUCUACAGCGGCAACAAGGCGCCGCUGAUCCUCCACAAGCUGCUACACCUCAUCUGGACGCACGCCAGACACUUGGCGGGCUACGAGCAGCAGGAUGCCCACGAGUUCUUCAUAGCUGCCCUCGAUGUUCUGCACCGACACUGCCAGGUACCAACGCUCUCAACUCCAAGAGAAUUUUACUUGAGUGUUCAUGGCAAUCCUCCCUCCAAUGGAGAUUCAACGCACACAUGUUCCUGUAUUAUAGACCAAAUUUUCACUGGCGGGCUGCAGUCUGAUGUCGUGUGUCAGGCGUGCAAUGGCGUGUCCACCACCAUAGACCCCUUCUGGGACAUCUCCCUGGACCUUGGGCCGUGUCCGUACAGCAGCAGCAAGGCGGACAAGACCGUUCCCACCUCGCUGGCCGACUGCUUGGAUCGGUUCACUCGGCCAGAGCACUUAGGCAGCAGUGCAAAGAUCAAGUGCAACGGCUGUCAGAGUUACCAGGAGUCCACCAAACAACUCACCAUGAAAAAGCUUCCCAUAGUCUGUAGUUUUCAUCUGAAGCGGUUUGAGCACAGCAACAGGUUACACAAAAAGAUCUCCACCUUCAUCUCCUUUCCCGAGCACCUGGACAUGACGCCCUUCAUGUCCAACAGGCGGAACAACAACAACAACCACAACGGCAUCACCACGCACCCCACGGACAUCAACAACAGGUACUCCCUGUUUGCUGUGGUGAACCAUGUGGGCAGCCUGGACGCGGGCCACUACACGGCAUACGUCCGGCAGCAUCGAGACCAGUGGUAUAAGUGUGACGACCACAUGAUCACGCGCGCCACCAUACAGGACGUGCUGCAGAGCGAGGGGUACCUUCUCUUCUACCACAAACAGAUCCUGGAGUAUGACUGAAUGGCGCCCGGCGAGCAGUGGGACUUGUUUUCGACACUUAGCCUCCUUAAUAAUCUCAGCUGACUCUGAACAAGUCUUGACGAGGGGGGCGGCUGACGGCGGUGAGGGGGGCGAGCGGGACGGCUGCCGCACAUCCACGGGCGGCUCUCGUCUCCUCUCAUUCGAGCGCCUCCCUGUAUGUACUCUUAAAGCUAUUUAUCUCUCGAGUUCAGAAAUGUUGAGAGGCUUGAAGGAUAUUAUUUUCUGUGUCCACGUAUAUACCACCACCACCACCACCACCACUAUCUCACCACCACCAGUGUAAGGUUCUCGGCAAUACAUGAGAGAACCCACGGCCAUGAAGGUCACGACGAUGAUGAUGAUACUUACUGUUCCAUAAUAUACGUGUGGUUUGUAGUGUACUCGCAGACCCAAGACUCACCUUUUGUUCAGCCUCCAGGUCGCAGGUGUUCUCCCCUCUCGCCGCGGGUGUCUCGGGAUCAUUGUCUUGGCUUGUGUCUUCCACGGCGUACUAAACAGACGGUGACAUGGAUCUAGUCCUCAACUGUAUACAAUAAUAUUCUUCAUUCAUGGCUCUGGGGAAUGUGAUUGGGACAGUUCUUCAUCAGGUAGCGUAUAUUUUCGAAGCUUCGUCUUUCUGUUUUUUUUAUUUUGGGUUUCGGCGCAGCAUUGGAAGGACCUCGUGGUGGGCAGGGGAGGCACUGUGAUCUCAUGUUGUGUUGCCGUCAAGCCGCCAGCAGAGUGUCAGCUGAGACGUUAGGGUGCGGUUAUUUUGCGGGACAGACCUGCCAGGGGGUGCGUGGUGUCGGUGUUGUCUUGCCUAUGUGGAUCUACAGCCCCCGUCGUGGCACAGAGUAGGGGCUUUGGGGUCUGGGGGGCUGUCUUCGGGGCUGUCUGGCCGGCCUCUCCGUUCUGACAGGUUGUGGGUAAGAGGGAGGACAGUUGUGUAGAGGAUGUAGUAUUGCUGUCUAGCUUGGUCAGGUGACUAGUGUUAGGUUAAGGUAUCUCACUUCAGUUUCCUGGGGAAGGCUCGUUUCUUCAAGGGUUGCUUUUGCAUGGGUGGAGUAGCAAUACCGGCAAUUUUUUGUUCUUUUGUACACGGAAAAUUAUGUUUUUAGUCAAGCCCUUUCUCUUGUGUUAUUGCAAUUGGAUAUUACUGAGUAAAUGGAUUAGACUGGCCUUUGGUAACAUUGUUUUACACAGUUAACAGUAUUAUGGGCAUUUUGUGAGUCAUGUUUCUUUGUCACGUCCAUGUUGAGCAUGUGUUCCGGAUGCUCCACUGAAAGACUACUUAAAACUUCAGGUAUUCAAAGCCAAAGUGUGUAAAUUGAGGCCAUAUUGCACUGCUGUAUUUUUCCAAACUUAUACGACCUUGUGUCACGCCAAAAGGUAUUACCAGUGUCCCGGCGAGGCAGCCUCGCGCUGCUCCCUCCUCACACAGGCACCUUUCCAUUACUACGGUUGCACAAAAGGUUUUGUAAAUAUGGCCUUGGAAUAUGGCCUUCAGGAUAUCUCACGAGUAAGGACAAGGUGCUCUAGCAUGGCCUUCUUGUUUAAUGUCUAGCGCGGGAUGCUGCUAGCGUUGUCCCACCUCCAAGGCCGCAGCCAACGUACUGUCCGCAUGUAUGGGAAAUUAUUUUGUGUGUAAGUGUCGUCAAGUACAGUAUAAUUAUCAUUUAUGUGUCGACAGCGACUGCAGAAGAGGCAUACGUACGUAGCAUGUGUCACUGACAGUGCAUCUGGCGGACGCACGGAGGGUCUGCCAACCAUUAUGUUCUGGGUCCUGUAUAAUAAGCUAGGAAACCUGCCGGCAUCAUUGCGUGCAAUCCUCUAGGACUGUAAGUAGGCUUUUGUACUCUUUUGUAAUAGCCUGUGGGUAGGUAGUUAUUUUUAUUCAAAUUAAUACCUUUUGCACAGGAUAUACAUACUUCAGAAUGAUAGGUGCUCUCCACACAACAUUAGGAAACUCAACAGCCAAUCAAAUACACUGUUGUAAGGAUCGUGUCUCUUCAUCCCCGGCGCAGCGACGCUCCUCGCCGCCGCCGCCUACUCGUCUUCGUGGAAUCAGGCUUUGGUCGGGAACUUCCUUCUUUUCCAUUAUUUAUGAGUGUGUGUGGGUUGACCUCUCCUGGGAAGUGGAUUGCUUGUGGGGAAUGAGGAAAACCAGUGCUUGGGGGACAUAUGCAAGGGACUUAAGAUUUAACAUUAGUGAUACGUGUAAGUUAAUUAACGAGAAUGUAGAAAUAAUGUGAGAUAGGAAGUUGAUAAGUUUCUUCAAUUUGUAUUUAUAUUUUUUCAUUGUUUUCUUUAAGCCCAGGAGCAGCAACACAAACUAAAAAUGAGCAUAGUACAUAAAAAAAUAUAAUAUCCACUUUCACACAUGGGGCUGGUUGCAUCAUUGCCACUAAAGAAAAAAAAUAAAAAGUUUGCAUUUGCCAAAACCCACCGUUGUGUGUGUGUAGGAUUGCCGUGUACUACAUCUUUUGCACUCAUGAUUGUAAGUGGCAAAAGCCCGUAUUUUUAAACAUAUCAGCAACUCACAUCGCCUCAUUAAAAAGCCUCUUGUAGAAGUUGUUACUGGGCUUUUCAUGGGACUGUUUCGUGAUCCCAGUGAUAGUUUUACAUGGCUUCUCUCGGCACCUCACAUCGCCUCUUUAAAAAGCCUCUUGUAGAAGUUGUUACUGGGCUUUUCAUGGGCUGUUUCGUGAUCCCAGUGAUAGUUUUACAUGGCUUCUCUCGGCACCUCACAUCGCCUCUUUAAAAAGCCUCUUGUAGAAGUUGUUACUGGGCUUUUCAUGGGACUGUUUCGUGAUCCCAGUGAUAGUUUAACUCGGCUUCUGCAUCUUAAACGGGGAAACACACCCAUGAAAACCCGGUUAAUCUUCUCCGUGGCCUCAGAAAAAUCGUGAUGGGGGACUGAUAUGUUUAACGACACGGACCACAGUUGUUUCAUGUUUCGUAGUCUGUAGGAAAAAGCAGCUCGGAUGUGAUGAGUUCGAACAAAAAAAAAAUAAUAAUCGCAAAAUCCAAAAUCUGGGGUCAUUGUAACUCUGGGGAAGCUUCGGUCAUCUCUUGUGGAGUGACUCGAGGAUGUGUUUAGGCUGGUGAUGUAUGCUUACUGUACAUGCUGUUCCUAAUGAGUCCGAGUGUAGCGUCUGAUUUCGUGUACGUGUAAAGUUCGGUUUUUCUACACAUUUCCAACUCUUUUUUCCAAUUCACAUUAACGCUGCAUAAACUACAGACAUAAACAGCUUCACAUGAGAAGUUCCGUGUCCUAUGUUCUAUUAGUAACGCAUUCGGUGUACUACUGCAAAUUGUUCCGUUCUAAAUUGCCGUAACUUAUUGAGGGUGAUGUCUGAUCUUCGUUAAUUUAGUGAUAUGGUUUAACGCCAAAAAAUGUGUUUAUUCCAAAAUCUUUGUUAGUUAUACGGUUUGAUGCGAGAAAAAAAGAAUUAUUUACUUCAAAAUCUCGAGGAGAACAAAUUCAACUAUGAUUACGUCACAAAAACGCUCGGUGAAUGAGUUUUUCGUUCUUUGUGUACCGCCAAAAGUUGAUCUGAUGGUUUGUCUUGUCUUGUGUCUGUGUCCAAAACAUUACUACUACAUAUCAUUUCAAAGGAAUAUAAUUUACUCAUGUGAUUGUUCUUAAGGCUGGCAAUGGAAACGUCUCUGGGCGGCACGACACUGUCCGCACCGCUGAUCCGAGGGUGAUGUGUGAGCCGCUGUAGGUCAUUGUAACUCUUGGGGGCAUGCUUGGGGUGUGUGUGCGUGCGUUGGAGCGUGUGUGCGGAGUGUAUUUAAAAUGUACCGAGGUAAUGUAGUGGUGUAGGGUGCAAGGGGAGUGACUGUCGUGUGUGUGUGUGUGUGUGUGUGUGUGUGAUGUUUUCUUUAUGUAACUUUCUCUGGGAGUUUUGCAAAAGGAUAAUUGUCGAGUGAAAGGUUUUUGGUGUCCUCUGAAAGAUUUAUUUUUUGGGUUGUGAAAUCUGUGUGUGUGUGUGUGUGUGUGUGUGUGUGUGUGUGUGUGUGUGUGUGUGUGUGUGUGUUUCGACGUGAAUGAACCUAAUACCAACUCUGUGUUUACUACUACUAAUAAACCGAGGAAUCGUAUGUCAUAAUGAGAGAAUGGACGGUGUAUGUGAAUGUGUGCAAACUUAUGUAUGUAUGUGUGUGUAUGUCCGGUAUGAAGGUGGACAUAUGAGUAGGUAUGUGCGUGUAUGUGGAGUAUGAGGGUGGACGUAUGUGCUGUGGCUGUGGAGUGUAUGUAGCCUUAACCUAUACCACAUGACCAGCCACUAUCUGUGAUACUUGGCAGGGUACAGUGUCCCUGCCUUCAUGUCAUGGCUCAGUCUCAAUAAAGUUAAGUCACAGUC